AUGCCGAAAGCCACUGCCGCCGCCGAUCAGCCGUUCGUCCACCUCCACCUGCAUAGUCAAUACAGCCUGCUUGACGGCGCCAACCGCAUCGAGCGGUUGGUCGAGCGCGUUGGCGAGCUCGGCAUGGACUCGGUGGCGGUCACCGACCACGGCAAUCUGUUCGGCGCCCUGCAUUUCUAUCAGCAGGCCAAGAAAGCCGGCAUCAAACCGAUCUUGGGCAUCGAAGCCUACGUCGCGCCGGAUGUCAGUGGACAGCAGUCCGACCGCAAACUCAAGAAGCGCUUCGGCGUCGCCGACGGCGGCUUUCACCUGGUGCUGCUAGCGGAGAACGAGACCGGCUGGCAGAACCUGCUCAAGCUGUCGUCCGACUCGUACUUGCACGGUUUCUACUACCGGCCGCGAAUGGACAAACAGACCCUGACCGAUUGGGGCGACGGGCUGAUCGCCAUCAACGGCCACUUGGGUUCGUCGAUCGCGUUCCACCUGUCGGCGUUCGCCGAAUCGGGCGAGGAGCAACAUUUCCAAAAGGCAGUCGCCGAAGCCCGCUGGCACGCCGAGGUGUUCAAACCCAACGCCGACGGUGAGCCACGGUUCUAUAUCGAGCUGCAGCGCCACAUCGAAGAGCAGGAAGCGAUCAAUCCGCACUUGAUUCGCCUGGCGCGGGAGCUCGAACUACCCUUGGUGUGCGACAACGACGCCCACUUCUUGCUCGCCGAGGACUGGGACAGCCACGACUCGCUGGUCUGUAUCUCCACCGGCAAGGUCAAGGAAGACGAUCAGCGGAUGAAAUAUCCGCCCGAUCUAUGGGUCAAAUCGCCGGCCGAGAUGUACGAGCUGUUCGACGGCUAUGGCGAAGACGGCGCCGGCAACGAGGCCCUGACCAACACCGUAAAGAUCGCCGAGCGCUGCCGAGUAGAGCUCGAUCUAGACCAGAACCACGCCCCGGUAGUGCGCGUCGAGCGCCAUCCGCCGAAAGACAAUGACGCCGAUCUGCAGCCGGGCUCGAACAAGUGGUUCAACGCCUUCUGCGCCCGCUUCGAGCUGCUGCCCUACUCCCAAGAUGGCAACGCAACCGAGGCUGACGCCGCCGAGGUCGAAUCGGCCGACCAACUCAAAGCGCAAUGCGACGAGGCCUUGCGUGACCUUUCCGAGGCCGGCCUGCUGUGGCGCUACGGCGAAGACGGCAUCACCGAGGAGAUCCGCGCUCGGCUCGAUCGCGAGCUCGGCAUCCUGCGCGACAAGGACAUCUCGUCGUACUUCCUGAUCUGCUGGGACUUCGUUCAAGAGGCCCGGGGACGCGGUAUCCCGGCCUCGGCCCGUGGCUCAGGUGUCGGCACCAUGGUGGGCUACUGCCUGGGCCUGUCGAACGCCUGCCCGGUGCAUUACGGCCUGCUGUUCGAGCGCUUUACCGAUCCGGACCGCUCCGAAUAUCCCGAUAUUGAUAUCGACAUCUGCCAGGACGGCCGCGGCGAGAUCCUCGACUACGUGCGCGAGAAGUACGACGCCGAGGGCCUCGGCAAGGUAGCGCAGAUCAUCACCUUCAACGUGCUCAAGGCGAAAGCCGCGAUCCGCGACGUCGGCCGGGUGAUGAACAUGCCGCUCAGCGAGGUCGACCGGAUCACCAAGAUGAUCCCCGAGCAGCUCAAUAUCACCCUCGACGAGUCCCUCGAGCAGAGCGACGAGCUGCGCCACGCCUACCAGUCGAACGACGACACCCGCCGCUGGCUCGACACCGCCCGCGAUCUCGAGGGCCUGGCCCGCCACGCCGGGGUCCACGCCGCCGGGGUGGUGCUGGCCAACCAAGAGCUGUCGAACGUCUUGCCACUGGCGAUCAAUAAGCAGGGCGACAAAGAGACCGUGGUCACCCAGUGGGACGGCCCGACCUGCGAGCGGGUCGGCUUGCUGAAGAUGGAUUUCCUCGGCCUGCGCACCCUGUCGAUUAUCGAGCGGGCCCGCCAACUGGUGAUCGACACUCUGCCCGAGGCCGCGAUCCGCGCCGCCAUCGAUCCCGAGGGCGAGCGCCCCGAGCGUUGGGAGCCGCUCGACCUCGACCGUCUGGCCUACAACGACCAGCGGGUGCUCGACCUGUUCCGCCGCGGCGACACGGUGAGCGUUUUCCAAUUCGAGUCCGACGGCAUGCGACGUCUGCUGCGGGCGAUGGCGCCCGACCGGAUCGAGGAUUUGAUCGCCGCCAACGCACUCUACCGACCCGGCCCGAUGGCCUUGAUCGACGACUACAACGCCCGCAAGCACAAGCGCCAAGAAGUGCCCAAGGUGCACGAGAUCGUCGACAAGUUCACCGCCGAGACCUACGGCAUCAUGGUCUACCAAGAGCAGGUGAUGCAGAUCGUCCACGAGCUCGGUGGCAUCCCCCUGCGCGCCGCCUACUCGCUGAUCAAGGCGAUCUCGAAGAAGAAAGAGAAGACCAUCAAUGCCAACCGCGCGCAGUUCCUGACCGGCGCGCAAGAAAAGGGCCUGUCGCAAAAAGACGCCGCCAAUCUCUUCGACCUGAUCCUCAAGUUCGCCGGUUACGGCUUCAACAAGAGCCACUCCUCGGGCUACGCCAUCGUCGCCUACCAGACCGCCUACCUGAAGACCUACUUCCCGGUGCAGUACAUGGCCGCGGUGCUGACCUUCGAAGCGGUCAACACCGACAAAGUGGUCAAGUACAUCGAAGAGUGCCGCCGGGUGCCGUUCACCGGCGGUCGGAUCGGGGUCGACGUGCGGGCGCCCGAGAUCAACACCUCGGGGGUUGGUUUCACGCCGGUGUUCUCGCCCGACGAGCCCCACGACGCCGAGCACGGCCACAUCCGCUUCGGCUUGAGCGCGGUCAAGGGUGUCGGCGAGAAGGCGGUGCAGGCGAUCAUCGACCAGCGCCGCACCGACGACGGCCCUUUCGCCAACCUCUACGACUUCUGCGAGCGCGUGCCGCUGGGAGCGGUCAACCGCUCCACCAUCGAGGCGUUGAUCAAAUGCGGUGCGUUCGACAAGCUCCACGGCGCUGACUCCCGAGCAGCGCUGAUCGAGGCGCUCGAUGGCGCCAUCCAGCGCGGCCAGCGCGCCGCCGCCGAUCGCGAGUCCGGCCAGUCCAAUCUGUUCGGCAUGUUGGAACCCGAAGCAGCCGACGCCAAGCCGGCCGAGAAGCCACCCGAAAGCUUGCCCGACGUCACCCCUUGGGCAAUGGCCGAGCAGCUCAAAGAAGAGAAAGCAGUGCUCGGUUUCUACGUCUCGAGCCAUCCGCUCGAAGAACACACCGACCAGCUGGAGCGCUUCUCCAACGUGCGCUCGAUCGAUCUCAAGAACCUGCCGGCCGACACCGAAGUCACCAUCGGCGGCCUGCUCACCGAAGUCCGCCGCCGCACUAUGCAGCGCGGCCGCUCGGCCGGCAAGAGCUUCGCCAUCCUGAGCUUCGAGGACCCCCACGGCCCGAUCGACGCAGUAGUUUUCUCCGAGUCCUUCGAGCGCUACG